AUGGCUCAACAAGGAUACGCAGUAGUCGAUGUAGACGAAGAGCCCUCUGGGUCUCGAGGGCCCGGGCUAGAGUUCCAAUGCCCAUUCUGGACCCUCACUACCCUCAUCCUUAUUCUCUACACCACGUCGACUUUGACCAAAUCAAUUGCGCAAUAUCUCAACUCUGAUCCUGCCAGCUCCAGUCUCCCUUUGCUUUCCACUGCUACGUCAACUGUGUACUUAUAUGGCCUGCUUGUCCCAUCUCUUUUAUGGGGAGCUACAAAAUGGCUUGGGCUAGGCGAAUGGGGGAUUGCCGAGGUCCUGGGGGUCUAUGGUUAUUCCAUGGGAGUGUUCAUCCCCAUCAGUCUACUCUGUCUGAUCCCGGUUGGUAUUGUAAGAUGGGUUCUAAUCAUCCUGGGAGGCAUAAGCUCAGGCUACUUUCUUGUGCGCAACAUAUAUCCAGUCCUUGCAUCAGCAGAGAACAAGUUUGCACAGCUUCUCAUUGGUGCUGUAGUGACACUUCAUGGAAUCAUAGUCAUUGCCAUGAAAGUCAUAUUUUUCUCCAAUUCUGUUGUUGGUCCUGAUCCCAUUAAUGAUCAAUUACCUUGA